CUUAUAUGCAAGUAGACAACAUAGACAAAGGUUUUGAUUUUUAAAAAAUCGUUUCCAAGUGCUUCCUAUCGCAUGACAUCAUCUGCUUCCUGCUCCUUCCGGCUGAAGACAUGGCGGUUGCAAAUCUUCCUGGAAAGAGGUACACCGUAGCAGAGGUCCUGGCCAUGCUGCAGGACUCUGAAACUGUGGCGGACAUCACUGUUGUGCCUGAGUCAGAAAUGCAUGCACAUGACACAGACUGUGACAGUGACCAAUCUGAUGAUGAGGCCACUGGUGACCAUAACCGCCUCCCAUCGAGAUUACUAAAAGGUGAAGGCUUUCUACCAAAUUCAGACAUGCAACUGCCAAAUCCCCCCGAUGAUGAUCCUGGGUGCUCAUCCUCAGUGAGUCAGACAGAGACUAGAAAGGUCAGUGGCACAAAUGAAAUGGUGACCAGUCAGAUCGUUGGGCCCAUGCUCCACAAAACUAAGAACCAAGACAGGAAAUUCAAAAAAAUCAAGAUUGCGGCCAAAGCACCAGCACAGGCCAACAAAAAAUAUCAGAUCCCUCGCUAUGUCCCCAAAGAACAUGAUCCUGUCUUCACAUCAGAUGAUCCAGUGGAUAUCUUCCUCACAUUCUAUCCCAAGUCCCUCAGAGAUGCCACACUGGAAAUGUCUAAUCUCUACGCCGAACAAAAAGGGAAAACACUCAACCUGACUGAGGAUGAACUUCUGACAUUCUAUGGUAUUCUGUUGAUCAGUGGAUACAAUUCAGUCCCAAGGCGGCGUCUUCUCUGGUCAGACGAUUAUGAUGUCAGCAACACUGCUGUAAAAGAUGCCAUGCGGAGGAACAGGUUUGAUGAGAUUAUGUCUUCUGUUCAUUUAGUAGACAACAUGAAGAUGACAGCUGACCCAUUCUUCAAGGUGCGUCCCCUUUUUAAGCAUAUGGAUGACAUCAACAAAACAAUCCCGAUAGCAGAACAUGUGGCAGUAGAUGAGAUGAUGAUUGAGUAUUUUGGAAGGCAUGGUGCAAACAGUUUAUUAGAGGGAAGCCUAUUCGUUUUGGGUAUAAAAUAUGGAGCUUAGCAUCCUCCUCCGGGUUUGUCCAUCAGAUGGAGCCAUAUGUAGGAAGCCACACACAUCUGGUGGAAACUGGACUUGGUCAGGGUCCAAGUGUGAUCCUUGGCCUGGCAGAGAAAGCUGAAGUGCCACCUUCAGCUUUCAAGUUUUACCAUGGCAACCUCUUCACAACCCUGUCCCUGGUGGAUGAGAUGACCCUGAGAGGCGAUGGCAGCUGUGGCACAAUGCGACAAACUCAGCUCCAUAACGUUCCCUUCACAGCACCCAAGACCUUCAAGAAGACACCCAGAGGAGAUGCUGAGUAUCUGGUUGAGGUAGAGAAGCUGAUUGUAAGGUGGACUGACAACAGCGUGGUCACUGUGGUGUCGAACAUGGAGAGGGAGUUCACCGAAACUGAGGCGAAGAGAUGGAACAAACAGAAGCGGACCAUGGACAAGGUCAGACAGCCCAAGUGUAUCCAGGACUACAACACACACAUGGGAGGAGUGGACCUGCAUGACCAGUUUGUCAGCCGCAACAGAGUCAACAUCCGGUCCAAGAAGUGGUGGUGGCCAUGCUUCAACUGGGCCCUGAACAGUGCCCUGGUGAACAGCUGGUGCUAUUACAGGUCCUGGAAAAGCGGGCAGAAGGAUCUCCUCUCCUUCCAGAGGCUGGUAGCCCAGACCCUCCUCCUGCGCCAUGGAACAAAGCCAAGUAGGCAGGGCAGAAGAUCUUCAAUGGCGGUGGCAAUAACUGAUGCCACCAGGUUUGAUAGUUUCAACCACUGGCCCUGCAACACUGGUAGCAGGUACAAGCGAUGCAAGAACUGUGGCGGACGCACAUCAUUUGCGUGUGGAAAGUGUGAUGUGCCACUACAUGUGGAGUGCUUCAAGAAGGACCACACUGAGUAGAACAUGCAUGAAAGAUGAUGGAAUGUAUGGGAAGAAAUAUGUUAUAUAUAUAUAUAUAUAUAUAUAUAUAUAUAUAUAUAUAUAUAUGUGUGAUGCGAUCUGGGAAAACCCGUCGGAUGUCGCGCUGGCACGUUUCCAGGAAAUAGUAAAAAUAGGUCGAUUGUCAUUUAUUUGGCAAAAUUGGGUUUUCAUUAAAUUAUUAUUAUAUAACAUCUUGUCUAUAAUUCCUGAAAAUAUCUAAGUGAAAUUCGCUAGUUUUAUACAUUAAAAAUGAAUUUAUAUUGGCCAAGCUGUCUGAAAGAUGAUCCUACAUUUGAAACCGCGAACGGCGGAGGUGCAUUAAAAUCUCCCAUAACGUGCUUUGUCUAGGCUAUAAACACUACAUAGACGGUUCACCAAUCAAAGCCCUAAACCACAUGAAUGAAGUCAUAUCAUAUCAAUGCACAUUUUCCCGCCAGAUAUACGUUGUAACAAUGUGAUAUGUUUGAUGAACCUAACGUUAACGUUACGUGAGGAUGUGAGAGUCUACGGAGAUGGCGGAGCUCAAGAGAAGAGAGUCUGAGGUAGCUGCUCACUUAAAUGAUGCUGCACGUCUCAAUUUGGUAAAUCCUGGCGAUGCCAAUGCCCUGAGCGACGUGAUCAUGGAUUAUUUCACAUCCAGAGAUCCAAGAGAUGAUGAAGGAUCGGAUUAUAAUGAAUUUACCGAAGAAGAGGAGUCCAAUGAAGGUAAGCUAGCCAUGCUAUUCUUGAUGUAAGAUACAAGGUGCACUUGCUAUUUUAAAUGACCAAUGUGUAAGACUUGUUAUGAAAACCUACAAGGAUAACGUUACGAUUAAAACAUCCAGAGACCGCACCAGUAAUAAAACAACAAUGAAACAACAACAAUUUACUAAAUUUUAAAAUGCCAUCCCCCUCAGGUAACUUAUCUCCUUGUGUAAUGAUAACCGUGAUGUAGGUUAGCCUAGUGCUGUUCCUGACAGGCUAGAAAGUUCCCUGGAAUAUCUCGUUCGUUCAGAGUAACUUUAUCCAUUACCAUUUUCCCGUUAUACAUUUCUUUUGAACGGCGACACGAAGGCUUAAAACUUCAAAUUAAAGCCACAAACUAUGGCUGUUUAUGCAUGCAAGUUCAUGUGAGUUUAAAACGGAGACUUAACGUUAAUGUGAAUGUUCGAGAUGCAGACUGUAGCAUUAACGUCAGGUUAAUAGACUCGGUGAAGUUCAUGAUCAGUGACCCUCAUUAGGGUAUCUGCCUCACUGAAGCUCACACAGACUGAGCAGUAAUGUUGGACACAAACACACCCCCUCCUCUCUGUCACAGCACUGCAAACAGACACACCAAGUUGCGCCUCCCCCCACCUGUAGUUCUACAUGCUUGAAAAAUGGAGUGAGAUCGACAGCCCAAGAGGAAAGGUGGAGCAGAGAGAGAGAGGCUUAAAAAACUAAAAGCACUGACCACAGAUCAGCGAAGUGCUGUAAAAUAACUGAGCAAUAACUAUGGCCUAUCCAGCACCACUAUCUUAAUGAGGAGGUUAGUUCCACUUUGUGGAAGCUGAUGGGCUAAAACUGACUUAAUAAAACAAAUGUAAGUGCAAAUUUUAGAAUAUGGUUAACUAACAUAGGCACAACAUAAUAAAUUAUAUUAAUAUUGAAAUCCUUGUAUUACAUUAUUUCAUUUAACCUUUAUUUAACCAGGUAAAAUCCCACUGAGAUUAAGAACAUAUUUGUUGUUAUAUGAACAUAGCCAAUGCAUGUAAAAAUUGUCAAUUAGUGAACAGAAACAUUUAUUUUGUUGGGGAAAGAAACAGAAAAAGCUGUGUGUGGGCACAUGUGGAGCCUUUGCUCUAUUAUUUUACACUCUUACAUCAGUAGGCGCCAAACCUAACUCACUCUUGGUGUUUUGCGUUAAUCCGGUGGUGGUGGCCUGAAUUAUUGUCCCAGUCCGCCCCUGUUCAUGAUUGCUCCAUGCUAGUGACAUUUAAGGCUGUAGUAGAUUGCAUUACAGAUGGUGAAGAUGGUUUCUUCAGUCUGUGACAUAUUUUGCAAUUUAAACGUAAGACAUAUAAAUCCUACUUUGGGAGAGAGAUGUUGGAUUGAGCCAGAUCCGAUUGCUUCUUGUCAGCGUGAUGUACAAGCCUGCACGUAACAUGUUAAUUUUUUUUAAUAGUAGGCUACACCUUAACAUAUUGUUAAUGUUUUGGUCGCACCUUGUCAAACAACAUAAUCUAAUCAUGAUGAUGAUGAUGAUGAUGAUGAUGAUUUUGAGUAAUAAUAGUAGUACUACUAUAGUAGUAGCCUAUGUCUUAUGGGCAUAGACAUAUUGCAAUGGUGAAAUACUUGUGUGAUGGAUUGUUAAUGUUGAUUAUUAGUAAUAAUGUAGUUCAGCCUUUUUUAUAUAAUACAUAUGUCUUACAGUUAUUAAUUCUUCCUCAUUUCAGAUGAUGACCAUCCCAUAUCCAUUAUUGAAGAUGUAGCAGAGAUACUAGCACCAGUUCCACUUCAAGAAGAUAAUGGUGAUGAUGUGCAAGAGUUUGUAUGUGCAUGCAAAUACAACAAUGGUCAUCCAUGUUCAACACGUUUCAUGCAAGAGGAGCUGCAGAUGAUUUGCUACUGUUUCCUGGAAAUGACAAGGGAAGAGCUAGAUAUUGCCAUUCUAGCUAAACUCUCGUGUGGAAUGCAUCUUUCUCAGCUAACAUCCCGCACCCAUAAAAAAGAACAGACAGUUCGGAAGUCCCAAAGAACUGAUUUCUUUCACCAUGGGGAGAAAAUAUGCAGGGAUACGUUUAAAUAUCUCCAUGCCAUUGGCCAGGUCAAGCUAGAUGCUCUUAUUAAGCAUUAUAAAGAGCAUGGUGUUACUCCUCGAAUGCAUGGCAACAAAAAGCGUCAGCCUCCUAAUGCACUGAAGAAAGAGGACAAUAUGUAUGUUGCACAUUUCAUUGUAAACUAUGCUGAAACUCAUGGCAUGCAUCUUCCAGGGAGGGUACCAGGCUUUUGGAGGAGUGAUUUGAAACUUCUUCCAACUAACUGUGCGAAGGUGAAGGUGUACUCCGAUUACUGUGUGGCAGUUGCAGCAGCAAAUCAGCGUGUGGUUUCUGUAGUUACGUUUGAAUAAUGAAUGAAUAAAUACAUUGAUUUUCAUCUAAUUCAUGAGUGUUGUGUGUUUGCUUGGUGCCAAAGUAACAAUUUUGUAUCUUUUCCAACAUAUACAGUGACUGAAAUAAGUCUGUGCCAUAAUAGAGUAAUGAAAAUUUAACAUGUGAUAUUUGAUUGUUAAAAUGUUCUAUUUAGAAUGUCUAUCUUUAAACCUGUUUUUCUCAAAAUUCCGUUUCAUAAAACCAUGUUAAUAAGCUGACUUCAGAUAAUAAUAACAUUUGUUACAGACAUGCUAUGAAAAAAAGGAAAACAGAUUUGAAAAGAGCUUGAAAGCAGGUGGUAUCAGAAUCUUAAGUUGGUAAAAUUUCACCAUGUGAUGGGUUUUCCCAGAUCGCAUCACAUAUAUAUAACAUGAUGGAAUGUAUGGGAAGAAAUAUGUUAUAUAUAUAUAUAUAUGUUUUUAGAGGUUCUAAGAAAAAACAGUUUGUUGACGUUUUGAGUAUAAAAAAAUUGAGAAUAAAGAAACCAGUUCAAAUUG